CAGCCGCCGCGCCCCCACGUUAUUAGCCAUUUAGCCUUAACCGCCGCGACGUCGGGCCCCGAGUGGCACCGGUCAGCUAGCUCGAGCGCAGCUCUCGCCGCGCUCUCCUUGCGACGACGCCAUGGCCCCGACCGCCCGAGCCGCCACGGGCGCGGCGAGCCCCGCGGCGCCGGCCAUCGGCAAGGGCGAGGGCGGCAAUGGCAAGGCCGUCGCCGCGCGCUCCGUCGGGCUCGACCUGCCCGCGCUGCCGAGCCUCGGUCUCGCGGCGCAGGGACAGACCCGCGCCGCAUCCUGCAAGCGGCUGGAGAGGAACGUGGUGGCCGUGGCCGCGGGGACCGCCGGGGAGCCGGCGGCGGCGCCGACGGUCGCCAACGAGGAGCUCACCGAGUUCCUCAACGCCUUGAAACAGGAGUGGGACGGGAUCGAGAACAAGUUCGCCAUGACCACACUCGCCGUCACUGUCACGCUCGUCAUGUGGAGCGCCGGUGGAGUAGUAUCGGCGAUUGACAGGCUCCCCAUAGUUCCACGCCUGAUGGAGGUUGUUGGAAUUGGAUACAGUGGGUGGUUUGCGUACCGCUACCUGCUAUUCAAGCCUGACAGGGAUGCUUUCUUUGCAAAGGUCAUGGAGUUCUACGAGGAUAUAAUCAGCGGCUAACAGAAUAUAAUGCAAGCUCAUCCAAAUUAAGGAAGCUCAUCUUGAGAGGGGCAUGUAUACUAGUCUGCUGCUGUUCAGUUGUUCUCUGUAAUAUAUUUCUGGAUAGCAUCUAAUUUGAUCCUUACUCAAUGUACGGAUAAAUAAUUUGGAUGUUAAUCGUAAAUAACAUGUAAUCCUUUUAAGUCAUUCCUUUCUCCUAUAA